GCCCCCGCCCCCCAUUUCGGUUUGACGCCGCGACGCUUGAAAACCGGAGCGCUCAGAUCUCGCCAUGUUGGCGCGCAGUCCGAUGUUGCGCCCCAUCGGCAUGACGACGAAGAGCGUGCCGGUGACACAGGAGCAGGUGGAAGCCGCACAGGAGACCCUGCAGGACUUCGAGGAGACUUUGUCGAGCUUCGAGCAAGCAGUGCAGGAAUUUCAGGCCUCCAACAAGAACCGCGAGAAGGCGCAGCUGUCCCUGGCGGAGGUGAAGCUUCUGGAGUCGGAGUCCGAGGACUUUCAGGGGAAGCUCACCGAGUUCAACACCGCCAUGAAGGAGCGCAUCGCCCUACACGCGGGGGAGUUCCAGUCGGCAGGCCUUCCUAUGGAGGUCCGGAGAGGCUGGCUGGAAGCGGUGAGCCGCAGCACUCGUGCCAGGCAGCAGGCUCAUGAAGCGCAAGAGAAGGGCCGUGUGACGCGGGAGAACGCCACGCAGCUGGUGAAGAAGGAGAUGCUGCGCGUGGCGCGGAGUCAGAUGGGCCCUGACGCGGGCAAGGAGGCAGUGCAAGGGGCCCAGCAGCUGGUCCAGGCCUGCGAGGAGAAGGCAGAGCCCUUCGUCGGCAUUCCACAGAACAAGGAGGAGGGGGAGAUGGAGUGGAUCGCCAAGGAGAUCGAGAGCAUGGUGGGCACCGCGCGCGAAGGCAUCGCCGGUGCCCGCGAGCAGCUGGCAGGCGAGCGCAUCGAAAGCGUGGAGGUGGAGGAGGACAUCAAAGAGGACUUUCAGGCCUUCUUGCAGGAGGAAGCCAAGCGCUCAGAGAUGUGCCUGGGCCAGCUGGAGCGAAGACUGGGCCGGGUGCAGAACCUGGUGGCCAACUACCAGAGAGAUAUCCAGCGAGAGCGUAACAAGCAAACCAUCGAGGAGCUGAAGCCGCAGAUACUCGAGCAAGCCCAGGCGCUGGACUUCGCCGCCGCCGAGGCGGAGGUGUCCAAGGCCAUCAAGGCGGCGGAGGAGGCGAGUUCGCCUAGCAAGAAGCUGGAGCUCAUGACGGUGGAGGAGCUCCAGGCGGCGAUGGAACAAAUGACCCAGAAGGUCGCUGAUGCAGAGAGCAGCCUGAAGAGCAUUGAAGAGCAGAUUUGCCCUGUGGAGGACCAAGAUGAGCUGGUCAAGAAGGCUUUGCAGAAGUACGUCCUCUCGCAGAUGAAGAGCGUGGGCUCCAAGCUGAGCUUCUUGCAGCAGCGCUUGGCGCGGCCCAAGGAAGCCUUGGAGAAGUGCCGCCAGCUGAUUAGGAAGAAGGAGAGCUUCCGCAUCAAGAGCCUCCAAGUCAAGGCAAUGAAGUUGAUGGAUAUCUUCAGGGAGGAUCAAGCUGGCAAGGGCUUGGAAGGCUUGCCAUCCACUGACAUCUUCCGGGUCAUGGACAGCGACGGCGAUGGCCUCAUCAGCAAGGAGGAGUUCAUCCAGUUCUUUCUGGACCUGGAGCCUUUGCUGGAGGACAAGCAGCAGCACCUGAAGGCUUCGUUGGAGGACUUGGAGCGACUCUUCAGCUUCGGCCUGGGCAAGGAGCAGGGCCUCACGCUGCAGGGCAUGGAGAAACUGGUGAUCCGCUUUAUGAAGGUGGUCCGGCCCACGCCUUUGACCAAGAACCUGCAGGUGGUCCCUGGUGAGACCUUGCGGGAGCUGCAGCUGGGCGAGUUGCUGGAGGUGUUGGGAGGCCCGCAGCAGAGCUCACAGAAGCUGCCGCGGGUGAUGUGCAGAGCCAAGGGCCAGGUGGGCUGGGCCACCAUCUCUGGCAACGUGGGCACAGUGUUCCUGCGGGACUUCCAACCGGAAUGAGAGAGGCACCGGGAAAGGCGGAGAGGCGCUGGAGAAAUCGGCGAAAGGCGCACUGGAACUCGUGGGAGCCACGGUGAUAUGCCAGCCGAGAAUUUGUGCCGUUUGGACUUGUGGU